AUGCUGCCCACCACAGCGAACAUGUUCAAUUGCUGCCGCGACGUUAACUGCCAUUUGAACGCACCACUGCGCGGCAGCGUUGAGCGCAGUCGACGCUCUGAGAGCCGGCAAUCAUUUCUAAGCGAUACGUCUAACUCAACAUCUGCGCCAGCGGCAACGCCGACGCCGACGCCAACAGCAUCUUCAGCUUCGCCUACAUCUGCAUCCAAAAAGUCGUCACGUUCGCGUUCACGAUCGCGUUCCUGUUCGUGUGACGUCGGCGAUGUGGUAGACAAUGCGAAGCAGAGCGCUGGCAGCGCAGACAGUGCCAUUAAUGCAGCAGCAGCAGCAACAGCAGCGCAAUUUACCGUUAGCUUGCAUAUUGAUCUCUUCAGUUGGGGUCUCUUUCUGUUGGCGUUCUUCACGCGCUUCUACAAACUGGCAACACCGCCGCAUGUUGUUUUCGAUGAACUGCACUAUGGCAAGUACAUUUCCCACUACAUGCGCAACGUCUUCUUCUUUGACCAGCAUCCUCCGCUGGGUAAACAGCUGAUUGCGGGUCUGGUGAGUUUCGCUGGCUACGAUGGCAACUAUACAUUUCCACGCAUCGGUGCCAGUUAUGCCUCUAAUGUGCCCAUCUUCUGGAUGCGCUUUUUACCUGCUCUUUGUGGCAGCCUCUUGGCUCCAGCGGUCUACAAGCUCCUCCAGGAGGCAAAGCUGCAACGCUGGACAGCCGCACUUGGCGGUCUGCUUGUCGUCCUCGAUAAUUCCCUGUUGACGCAAUCACGUUUCGUGCUAAUGGAAUCGAUGCUGCUGCUGGCCAGCACAGUGGGCAUUGCUUGUCUGCUGCGCUUCCAGCGCUGCUCCCUCGGCAGCCUCACCUGGCUGUGCAGCGGAGCGGCAGCUGCGCUCUCUCUUGCCUGCGCCGGCUGCAUCAAGUAUGUUGGAUUUCUGGCCCUGGCUCUUGCCGGUUAUCUGCUGUGUCGUCAUCUUUGGAAUCUUCUUUACGAUGCUAGAUUGACAACUGGUCAACUUUGGAUGCACACUGUGGGCAGACUGUUGUUAUUUGUUGGAAUUCCGUUGGCCGUCUACCUGGGCAUCUUCUAUGUCCAUUUGAGGACGCUGCAUCGAGCUGGGCCACACGACAGCAUUAUGACGAGUGCGUUUCAGGCAUCGCUGGAUGGUGGCUUGGCAUCGAUUACACGGGGUCAACCAUUGGCUGUGGUCCACGGAUCGCAGAUCACGUUGCGGCACACACAUGGACGCACCUGUUGGCUGCAUUCCCAUGCGGCGGUUUAUCCGGUGAGGUACAAGGAUCAACGUGGCUCAUCGCAUCAGCAGCAGGUUACGUGCUACUCCUUCAAGGAUGUGAACAAUUGGUGGAUUGUUAAGCGACCCGAUCGUGAUGAUCUCGUUGUGGGUGAUCAUCCGGAGGCCAUUAAGCAUGGCGAUAUCAUUCAGUUGGUGCACGGCAUCACCAGUCGUGCCUUGAACUCGCACGAUGUGGCAGCACCGAUGACGCCGCAGUGUCAGGAGGUCAGUUGCUACAUCGACUACGAGAUAAAGAUGAAGGGCGAACUUCUAUGGCGCGUUGAGAUCCUCAACAGGCAGACGGAGGGGAAUCGCUGGCAUGCCAUCAAAUCUGAGAUUCGUCUCAUACACGAGACAACGGGAGCUGCUCUGCGUUUCAGUGGACGCCAAUUGCCCAGUUGGGGAUUCAAUCAGCACGAAGUUGUCGGCGAUCGCGAGCAGACGCAUCAGGAUGCCAUCUGGAAUGUGGAGGAGCAUCGCUACACCAAAACUCAGGAUCAGCGGGAACGUGAACGUCAAUUGCUGUCCGCAGAGAUGAUUCCCACAAAGCGAACGAAACUCUCGUUUUGGGCCAAGUUGCUGGAGCUGCAAACGAAGAUGUUUUGGCAGGCAAAACAGGUGCAGAGUCACAUGUACAGUUCCCAGCCGCACGAGUGGCCACUGCUGGACAAGGGUAUCGCCUACUGGCUCGACUCUUCCUCCAGUGCCCAAAUCUAUCUGCUGGGCAACAUUCUCAUCUGGUAUACAGCCAGCGCGGGAUUGUUUGUCUACACCAUUCUUCUCAUCUUCUAUGCCGUUCGCCGUCGUCGUCUUUGCUUCGAUGUGUCUUCGGAGGAAUGGCAGCGUUUUCUCAUUGUAGGCGACACCUUCUACAUGGGUUACCUGGUGCACUAUUUGCCCUAUUUCUUUGUGGAUCGCACUCUCUUUCUGCACAAUUAUCUACCGGCAUUUGUCUUUAAGCUCCUGCUACUCUGCUAUGUGCUGGAGCACUUGGAUUACUUGUUGAGGCGCCACUGCAUUGGACGUGGUGCUAUGCUACAGCAUAUUGUUCGGAUUUAUCGCCUGGCGUUGAUCCUCUGGCUACUCGCUGUCUGCUAUGUCUUUGUCAAAUUCUUGCCCCUGAGCUACGGUUCUACAAAGAUGUCCGCCGAGGAGAUCACAAAUCUACGCUGGAAGGACACCUGGGACUUUAUACUACAGAAGAAUUAUGCGCUGAACUAAACCACUCAGAAGGUGGUUAAAACAUGUACAAUAAAUCACAAUGAUUCAACUGAGAAGACACUCAAACAGCUUGGCUGGAGCCAGGCUAUGCUUAACUUAUAUACUUUAUUCUGUUUUGCCAAUAAAACAAUUUAUUUAUUUAAAUUAAU